AUGGAUCUCUCCAAGGGAAUCGCCUUUGACCUUCAUCUUCCCCGCACCCUUAUCUCCGCAAUCCACAAGCCAACCGUCCUGGUGGGCAUUGGCUGUGCGUUUCUACUCUCCCAGCUCCUGCUCUGGACAGUCAAGUACUCUCGCACAAAGACCAAGGGACUGGCGGAUCUCCCUGGUCCCUCUGGAUGGCCACUUAUCGGAAUUGGCUUGGAUUUGCCAGGCCGGCCGCGCGAACUGUUAAACCGAUGGGCGGUCCAGUACGGGGAUACCUUCAAGGUCCGCGUGGGCUGGUACAACUGGGUGUUCUUCAACAGCCCUGAUGCUGUCAAAGAAGUAUUCGAUAGACAGGCUGCCGUCACCUCAGGCAAACCACCCCUACCCAUCGCGCAAGACUAUUGCCUCCGAGGCGACGGCAUCCUGCCCAUGACCUACAACGCCAAAUGGAAACGACUACACGCGUUUUUGAAACAGCUCCUCAACGCCAAGGCAUCCGCGGCAUUUAUCCCAAGCCAGGAAUUCGAAAUCAAGCAACUCCUCUCCGACCUCAGCACUGACGCCGGCAAAAACAGCACCGACUUCUACAUGCACAUCCGCCGAAUGACCUUCUCCAUCGUCAUGACCUCCGCCUACGGCCAGCGCAUCCCCAACUGGGACUGCCAGGAGGUCCGCGACGUCUACGAAAACAUGCGCAUGCUCUCCAUCAUCCUCAAGACCGGAGUCUUCUGGAUCGAUGUUUUCCCACCCCUCAACUGGCUCCCUCGCUUCCUCUUCCCAUCAUGGCCCAAGGCCAAAUUCAUGGCCCACAAGAUGCACUCCAACAAAAUGCGCCACUGGAAUGACCUCAAGGCCCGCAUCGCCGCCGGCACCGCCCCGGACUGCUUCGCCAAGGACCUGAUCGAGUCCAACUACCGCGACCACGGCCUCGAAGAGGAAACCGUCUCAUGGCUCGCCAGCGCCGUCCCCGAAGCCGGCGCCGAAACCACCGCCAGCGCCCUGAACGGCAUGAUCCGCUACCUGGCCAUGUUUCCCGACGCACAGGCCCGCGCCAACGACGAAGUCACCCGCGUGCUGGGCAACUCCCGGAUGGCCACCCUCGCCGACGAGCCCAACAUGCCCUACAUUAAGGCAGUGAUCAAGGAGACGCUGCGCCUAUGCCCCGUCGCCACGACAGGCCUACGCCGUAUGGCGGACGGCGACGUCCACUACCGAGACCAUAUCAUCCCCAAGGGCACCGUUCUACUCGCCAACCUCAACGCCCUCCACUGGGACCCAGAGCGCUUUCCUGACCCGUUCCACUUCAAGCCCGAGCGGUACCUGAACCACCCGCAUCGUUCGGCCGUCUAUGCUGCUGGCGGGGACAUCCUAGCCCGCGACCACUUCACCUUUGGUGCCGGCCGACGCAUCUGUCCCGGCAUUCAUCUCGCCGAGAACGGACUGUUCCUGGCGGUGGCCAAUCUUAUCUGGGCCUAUGAGUUCAAGCUACCGCUAGAUGACAAGGGGGAGGAAGUCCCCUUGGAUAUUACGGAUGAGGGCUUCAUGGAGGGGGCGAUUCGCGUGCCGAAGCAGUAUACGGUGCGGAUUCUGGAGCGGAAUGCAGCGAGGACGGCGUUGAUUCGGUCGGAGUGGGACCAGGCGCAAAAGGAUGGAUAUGUUUUGCGUGGAUCGCAUGUUGAUGUCAAUGGGGGGGUGAGGGGAGGGUCACAGACGGGGUCUGUUUGA